GAGGAGGACGGAGCAGAGUCUGUAAUAUCCAGCUGCCUGUCUAUGAAGAGUAACCAGUCUAAAGAUGAACCUCCAGUCUUCAGUAAUGAACCUGGACCCUCAGACACAAAGAAGAGGAAGAGGAGGGCUGUUUCUGUGGAGGAGCAGCUGUCCUGCUGUUCUUUUUGUCAGGACGUCCUGAAGGACCCAGUCUCUACCAGCUGUGGACACUGGUUCUGCAGACAGUGCAUCAACUCAUACUGGGACCAGUCUGCUUCAUCAGGAGACUCCUCCUGUCCCCAGUGUGGAAAAAGAUCCAGAACCAGACCUGGACUGCAGACAGACAGUCAGACCAGCACUGUACAAACAGAAAGUGGUCUGCAGGAGGUUUUAGAUGAACAUCAGAUCAGUCUGAGCAGCACAUGUGAAUGUGUGACUCAAGGAACUGAUGAAGCAGGAAGUAAAAUCCUCCUCAUCAGCAUCUUCACUGAGGUCUACAUCACAGAGGGACUCAGUGAAGAGGUUAAUACCCAACAUGAGGUGUGGCAGCUUGAAACAGCUUCCAAGAUGAAGACCCUCCAUGACGCUCCAAUCAAGUGUGAGGACAUCUUUAAAGUCUUACCUGACCAACAGAAACACAUCAGAGUGGUUCUGAUGAACGGCGUCGCUGGCGUUGGAAAAACCUUCUCAGUGCUGAAGUUCACUCUGGACUGGGCACAGAGCUCCAAAAACCAAGAUAUCAGUCUGCUGAUUCUGUUCUCGUUCAGGGCGCUGAACUUGAUCAAAGAUGAGCAGUACAGUCUGCUCAUGCUGAUCCAUGUUUUCUAUCCAACAUUACAGAAGCUCACAGCAGAGAAACUCGCUCUCUGUAAAGUUGUGUUCAUCUUUGACGGCCUGGAUGAAAGCAGACUUUCACUGGAUUUCAACAACAGUGAGGUCGUGUCUGAUGUCACACAGAAGUCAUCAGUCAGCGUGCUGUUGACAAACCUCAUCAAGGGGAAGCUGCUUCCAUCGGCUCUCGUCUGGAUAACUUCCCGACCUGCAGCAGCCAAUCAGAUCCCUCCUUCAUGUGUUAGCAGGGUAACAGAAGUACGAGGCUUCACUGACGCCCAGAAGGAGGAGUACUUCAGGAGGAGAUUCAGUGAUGAAGAGCAGUCCAGCACAAUCAUCUCACACAUCAAGACAUCUAGGAGCCUCCACAUCAUGUGUCACAUCCCAGUCUUCUGCUGGAUCACUGCUACAGUUCUGGACCACAUGUUGACUACAGACCAGAGAGGAGAGCUGCCCAAGACCCUGACUGACAUGUACUCACACUUCCUGCUGGUUCAGACAAAGAGGAAGAAGAAAAAGUAUGAUGAAGGACAUGAGACAAGUCCACAGGAGCUGACGGAGGCUGACAGGAACCUUCUUCUGAAGUUGGGGAGGCUGGCGUUUGAACAACUGCAGAAAGGAAACAUCAUGUUCUACCAAGAAGACCUGGAGCAGUGUGGUCUUGAUGUCACAGAGGCCUCGGUGUUAUCAGGAGUUUGUACAGAGAUCUUCAAAAGAGAGAGUGUGAUCUUCCAGAAAACAGUCUACAGCUUUAUUCACCUGAGCGUUCAGGAGUUUCUGGCUGCAGUCUACAUGUACCACUGUUACACCAGCAGGAAGACAGAGGUAGUGAAGGACUUCCUGGAAGGAGACUACAGUCACUCAUCUCUGGAUCACUUCCUGCAGGGAGCCAUGCAGAAAUCUCUCUUCAGUAAAAAUGGCCACCUGGACCUGUUUGUCCGCUUCCUUCAUGGCCUCGCUCUGGAGUCCAAUCAGAGUCUCUUAGGAGGCCUGCUGGGUCAGACAGACAACAGUCCAGAAACCAUCCAGAGAGUCAUCAACAACCUGAAGGAGAUGAACAGUGAGGAUAUCGCUCCUGACAGGAGCAUCAACAUCUUCCACUGUCUGAUGGAGAUGAACGACCUCUCAGUACAUCAGGAGAUCCAAGAGUUCCUGAAGUCAGAGAACAGAUCAGAGAAGGAACUGUCUGAGAUCCACUGCUCAGCUCUGGUCUACAUGCUGCAGAUGUCAGAGGAGCUUCUGGAUGAGUUUGACCUGAAGAAGUACAACACAUCAGAGGAGGGACGACAGAGACUGAUCCCAGCUGUGAGGAACUGCAGAAAGGCUCAACUUACUGCCUUUAAACUCUCAGACACUGACUGUGAAGUUGUGACCUCAGCUGUGAAGUCCAACCCUCAUCUGACAGAGCUGCACCUGUGGCUCAAAAAACUGUCUGAUUCAUCAGAGAAGCUUCUGUCUGCUGUACAGAAGAGUCCAAACUGUAAACUGAAGACUCUGAUACUAAAGUACUGUGAACUCUCAGAGACUCACUGUGAAGUUUUGGCCUCAGCUCUGAAGUCCAACUCCUCCCAUCUGACACAUCUGAACCUGAGUGGAAACAAACUGUCCGAUUCAUCAGUGAAGCGUCUGUCUGCUGGACUGGAGAGUCCUAACUGUAGACUGAAGACUCUGAUAUUGAGGCCCUGCAAUUUGUCAAAGAAAAGCUGUGAACAUCUGGCCUCAGCUCUGAAGUCCAACUCCUCCCAUCUGAGAAAGCUGGAUCUGAGCUGGAACAUCCUGCAGGAUUCAGGACUGAAGCUUCUCUGUGGUUUCCUGGAGAGUCCAGACUGUAAACUGGAGACUCUGAGAUUGUUGAACUGCAGUUUGUCAAAGAUCAGCUGUGAUUAUCUGGUCUCAGCUCUGAAGUCCAACUCCUCCCAUCUGAGAGAGCUGGAUCUGAGUGAAAACAACCUGCAGGAUUCAGACGUGAAACAGCUUAUUGAUCUUCAGCAGAGUCCAGACUGCAGACUGGAGACUCUG